UUCAGUCGCUGUUCAUUUUCUAACGGUAACGGGUUCGCUGCGCGCCGUUCGUCCAAGCGUGUCCAAAGCUUGCGUCGCCGUCACCGUCGCGUCGUCGCUUUGAGUGUGCUACACAAACAAUAAUAAUAAAAAAAAGCGAUAGACAAAAUAAUAAUAGAUGCUAAUUGGCUGCCAUUGUUAUUGUUGCGACUGUUGUUAUAUCGAUCAUAUUAAAUGCUGACCAAGCCCAAUAAAUACAGCUAAAAAGUUUGGCCUUUCGCAAUUCCAGCGAAUUCGGCGAGUGUAAUCAAAUAAAUAUAAAAAUUAAAAGCAAAAAUCCUUAGUACACUCACACGCACACACAAAUACAGCGUGUGUGUUGUGAUUGUGUGCGUGUGUGUAUAGAAAUGCUUCAGUGCAGCAAGUUUUAGCGCAUGCGUCGACGUCGUCAACCAAAAAAGUCGCUGCCAACUUUUGCAUUAAUUGUAUUUUUCGACGAGCCAAAAAAAAGCAACAUUUGCAAUUACAACAACAACAAACACUGAGACCUGAGACGCUGGCGCUGGCGUUGCAAUGUAGAUCACACCGUGUGGCAAACACUGUAAGCUAGCGACAUGGUGGAAUCAUCGAGUUUGGGGCGCACGCCGCCAGCGGCACAGCAGCCCAUACCACAGCAACAUUCGCCGUCGCCGUCGGGAAUGCGUUGUGGCAAUCUGGAGACGCGUGUGCGCGGCUCCUGGUAUCGUGUGAUGGUCACACUUGAAACGGACUUUCUGGCCAUCAGUCUGGACGAGUCUUGCGAGUCCUCGCAGCACUCUGGCGAUGGGCAGUCGACCACAUUGAACGGCACACUUGGAAGCAAUCACAGUGGCGGCGGUGGUGCUGGACAGAAUGGCACGCUGCCCAGCUCGGCAUCGUUGCAGGGCAUGGUUGUGCAGGACACGGAGCUGGAUGGCACGGGUUCGGGCAGCGGAACGGGGGGAUCGGCAGCGGGGGCGGGCACGAGUAACAACGACAACGGGGAGCUGUGCCUGAACAACAAUAACAAUGCGGAUGGCGUGGGGCUGGACAUGUGCGAUGUACCUGAUCAUGUGGCCAAUCAGAAGCGACAUGUGCGCAUCAUCAAGUCGGACAACAACGGACUGGGCAUCUCGAUAAAGGGCGGACGCGAGAAUCGCAUGCCCAUCCUCAUCUCGAAGAUAUUCCGUGGCAUGGCCGCCGAUCAGGCCAAAGGACUCUAUGUGGGCGACGCCAUACUCACGGUCAAUGGCGAAGAGCUCCGUGAUGCCACCCACGAUGAGGCAGUGCGUGCGCUGAAGCGUGCCGGUCGAGUGGUGGAUUUGGAAGUUAAAUUCCUGCGCGAAGUAACGCCCUACUUUCGCAAGGCGAGCAUCAUUUCCGAGGUGGGAUGGGAGCUGCAGCGAGCGUUCCUCUGCCCACUGGGUCCGGGUGCGCCAACAUCGCCGCCAGCUCCGACGCCCAAGACAACGCCGCGUGCCGAUACGCGCUACAUUCCGCUGCAGCUGACGCAUCUGGCGCGCAAUCUAAAGUACAUCGAUCCGGAGAAUCGCUGCCUGGAGCUGCAUUCGCCGGAUGGCGUGCACUCGUGCAUUCUCCGUGCGGCCGACUCCGCCGAGGCGCUCGUCUGGUUCAAUGCGCUCCACUCGGCCAUGGGCAGCAGCACGCAGCGCGCUUUGGUCGAGGCCAAUCGUGCGUUGGUGAAUCUCAUCGGUGAGCUCAAGCACAUUGGUUGGCUGAGCAAGCGUCUGAAUGGAGGCGGUGGCGGUAGUUCUGGCAGCGCUGGUGGUGGUGGCGGCAGCGGUGCCGCCAGCGGUGGCAGCGGCACAUCCAAUAGCGGGGGUGUUGCCGGCGAAGUGCCAAGCGGCCGAUCCAGCUCGGAGAGUUCUGAUGAGACCGACAAAUGGUUGCCCAUCUUUGUGGCGGUGACCGAGCGCGAGUUUCGCAUAUACGAGAGUGCUCCUUGGUCCGUGGAGGCUUGGAGUCGACCCUUGGAGAGCUAUGCGCUGGCCACCACACGUUUGGCGGGCGCCGGCAAUAAUUCCUCAUUGAAUGGCCAGCAAACGACAGUGUUUUGUGUGCGCUGCGGCACAGCCCGGGGAGUGCUUGUGUAUUGGCUGCGAUCGGAGACGCAUCGGGAUAUGGCUGCGUGGGCGCGAGCAUUGGUUCAGGGCUCCCAUCAGGCGGUCAAUUUGCAGCGAGAGUUCUCGUUUCGUUGCCUGUACCAGGGCAGGCAGUGUCAAUUGGUUGUGCACAUAAAUCGCGGCUUCUUUCUAUACGAUUGCGGUGGCUUUGCCUCAUCCACGCCCACAGCGGCGGUGGCCAACAAAACGCAGCUCUGGCAAUUUGCGUUCGAUAAGCUGAAGGGUUCGGCGGACGAUGGCAAUCGCAUGCUGUAUUUGGAUUUUGGCGACGAUGGCGAAAUCGAACUAGACAUGGAGUGCUGUCCAAAGCCAGUUGUGUUUGUGGUUCACAAUUGCCUCUCGGCGAAGGUGCACAACAUUGCCUAGACUGAGGCAGAAGCUGCUUAGCUGGGUGUAAAAUCUCUCAGAACAGCCACAGAACUUGAACAAUUAUGUAUUAGCAACUUUGUUUUGAUUAUAUUAUGAUUAUUUUUAAAGUGUUUUUGUUUUUUUGUAAUAUUUUCACUUUAUUUUGUGUUUAAUUAUUUAAUUGAUGAUAUUAAUCAGCACAUUUAUUUAAUUAUUUUGUAAAUUACUUGUUUAUCAGUUAUGUUUGUAAGUGAUUUUAACAUCACAUUUUUGAGCUACCAUAUCGUUAGGAUCUGGCAAAUGCCGAGUGAGCAUUACGUGCUUCCCCUUGGCUAUGGGCUAUUUGUAAGUUUAGCAAAAAGAAACAAAAGUAGAAUCUUUUUGAGUGCGAGUAUGAGGAAGAAAAUAACUAAAACAAAAUAAUAUUGAAAUAACAACAGAAAAGCACAAACCAAAACAAUUUUUAUAUUGUAAGUAGAAGUAAAUUCAUUUUAUACGUGCAGACGAAAAAGAAUUAGAGCAAAAAGAAUACCAUCUAAUAUGAUCUAAAAUUAAAAUUUAUAUCGAAAUCGAAUAUCUACAAAAUAACUAAAAUUUACAUCUAAAUCCAAAUCUGAUAUCUACAUUGAAUACACGUUGAACAAUAAUUAUCGUAAUUGUACUUAACUAAUUGUAUCUUGUAUCUAAACGAAGCACACAUAUCUCUCGAUGUAUUAGGCCCCUCUACCCAUAUACAUAUAUACAUAUAAAUACAUACAUACAUAUAUCGAAUAUCAAAAUCAAAUCCAUCAUGCCAUACCAAGUAUAUACAAAAUAAUACCUAGCAAAAAUCCAAGAAUAAGACAAAUAACAAAAGAUACGCAUCUAUGUAUUUUCUUGCCAUUUCGCAACUUCCCCACAACAUUCUAUUUGUACAACAUCGAUCGAUCAUAUGCAAUUAUUAUACAAACAAAACUAACGUACAUAACAAACAUGAAAUAUUCAUUUUAUGAAAUUAGAAAUUUCGUUAAAAACAACAAAACAAAAUUAAAACC